GAUGCGCUGUGUGCCGCUCACUUGGCUGAUCCAUACGUAACCCUUUUCUUUUAUUUCUUGUUGUUUGAACUGUGUCCACUUGAGCGUGAAGCGUUCUUGUUCCCGAGUCGGCAUAGUACCGUCUUGCCACCUAGUCUGGAACAGGCCUGUCUGCCUGCUGCUCAGCCGUUCGCCUUUGAACCAUCCCUCCUGCAGCGGCGGCUGCGCCUUGGAACUGCGCUAGCACGGCAGCACGCCCAAGCCGGUGCACUUGCCAAGUGAUCGGUGCCAUGUCGGAUGUUCAGGCCCGUCCCCCGUCGCAGCCUCUGCUUGAUGCAGCCCGCAGCUCGCGAUUCACCACCAUUCCAAACCUUUCCGAAGACGGUUUGUCGCGUGACCUCAAGGGUACCAAGCCCAUCCCGAGCCGCCUGCCCUAACCCAUCCUUUUUCUCGAUGGCCAUCUCUGAUAUCUGCUAGAUGUGGCCAACAUCUGGUUCUGCGUCUCGCAACUCAUUGCCGAGAUGCUUUCUCGCGGCAAGGGCGUGUCAGUCUUAUCCUUGGGCACGUUUGCUCUUGGUCCGGACGUCGAGGGUGGUAAACCCAUCUUCAACCUCUCCAAUUCUUUCUUGAGUCGCCACCCCAUCAACCUGGAGCCACAGGCAAUUGCUGCGACCUGCCCGGUGGUUGGGUUGAAUUUUACUACGCUAAGCCUCGCGUCUGGCUUUGACCGCCACACCAUCGAGAACACAGUCAAAGAAGUCAUCAAUGCCUUGUCCCGCGAAGUGAAACGCUUUGAUCCCAAGGGCACCUCGCUCGAGUUUUAUGGCGUUGGCAAGCUGUCCAUCAAGGCCACCAAAGUGCGCUUUGUGUUUGUUCAGGAAUUUUAUGAUGAUCCUCAGCCCAUGAAGCGCCUUCACAUCCCGCGCAGCGAGUUCCAGAGCCGCCCCGUGACGGUGGCCCGGCUUGACUUUGACGCCUUGGGCCUGGAUCGACCCAGCACGACCGACAUGCGCGCCAUCACGCCGCGCAUCUUGGGUACACCCACCACGACUGAGUUCAAGACUAGUCUCGGGGACGUCAUAGAAACGCCCCAAGACGAAGCCUGGGGCUCUCAGGCCCGCUCAGACGCUGGGCGCCGCCGGGAUAUCAAGUGGCAGUCGUCCCUGGUCUCUAACCGGCAACUUCCCAUCCUAGACCAAGCUGGCCCAGCCAGCCCACCCGGCACCGCCAGCGCAGACCAUCGCCUCUUGUCUCCGGCUUUGGAGUCUCGUCGUCGCCGUCCCAUCACGCCCGUCGAUGACAGUGACCUGGCUGCCACCGAGUCUGAGCAGUUUUCAAAGUUGGCGACCCGAAACUUGAACUCGACAAUCGGCGUUGUCAUCGAGGAUCCCAAAGGAGGCGUUGACGUCGUUAAUAAAACGGCCCAUUGGGACGUCAAAAAGGGCCCCCUUCCAGAUUUGCCCAAGCAGCUUCCAGUGGAACACCAUCGCAACCGACUCAAACGUGAAAAGUCGCCACGCCUCACUUAUGAGGAGUGGCAGCAGCAAGUUCAGUCCAAAGGCUCCAACCCGGGCCGGCGGCGUCGCCACAUUCGGGAUCAAUUGGACUUGGACCCUACAAUCCGUCAAAAGCAGGAGGCUAGCCUGCGCGAGAUGGAUCUGCAACUCACCUCCAUGCUGGAGCGCCAGGACCGCAAGGCCAUUGCUUUGGAGAAGAAGCUGGAUGAGGCACGCCGCGAAGCUGAGAAGCGCACAGCCGUCUUCAACAAAAAAGCAGCUGUCACCAAGCGCUCCACCGAUGCAGAGCUGACCGGAGACGGGCUGGGCGACGGCAAUGCAGGCCAAGAUGUGUUUGUGUUCCGGCCUCCCACCUCCCACUCGUCUAUCCGACGUCACAAUCACGAUCUCAGUUUGGAUCAAGCAGCUCAGGCCGCCACCGUGCGUCUCAAGGAAACCCUGAAGCAGCGUCGCAGCUUUGAACGGGGCCAAAAAGAGCAGCGUGCGUUGGCCGAACAACUCGAAGCCAUGAAGCUCGAAGAGGAGGAGCGUCGUGAACAGCAACUUAACUCUUAUCGGGCGGAACUCAAACGCCAGAUUGAGUACAAGCGAGGUCAAGAGGCGGCUGCCAAAAUGGCUCACCCACGCCAGCCCGUGCCAUUUGACCUCAAGCAUCUGCCUGCCACGGACAAAAACUGGCGUCCCACCAAUUCAGCUGCCGGUCGACGGGCGGCUGCGCUGGGUCCUGAAAUGUACAAGGAACACGACGCGCUGGAGCGACGCAUGGCUGAUAAUGCGCGCAAGGUGUAUCAGGAGCAGGUGGCCUUUGAGGCUGAGCGCAACCGCAAGAUCUUGGAGGAGCGCGAGGCCGAACGCCGUCGUGAUGCUGAAAUCGCCGAGGCCAAACACAAGCAAGAGAUCUCAGAUGCUCAGCGUCUCCGUGAGUUGGCGGCAAAGGAACAGCGCGUGCUGAAGAAGGAAUGGAUUGCGGCACACAAGCAGAAGCUUGCAGCAGAGGCAGAGGAAGCCGAGCAUCGCCGCUUGGCCGCCGACGUGCCCAUCAAGGAUUACAUGGACUAUCUGAGUUAUGUCAAUGAUGGAUUUGAGUAGCAUGUAAAUCAACUGUUUUGAGCCUGAUCCCUCCCAGCCUGAAGCUCUCCUUGCGUUGGACUUUGCUUCCUGGUGUGCCGUUGGCAGCUCGUUUCGACUCGUUUCUUUCCGUCCCAUGCUCUUGCCCACCGCUACCACCACUCGGCGCGGAGAGAUAAGUACAAAUUGAAUUUCCAAUUUU